GCCCGCCCAUACUUUCCAGCCUCAGUCCGCCGGGCCUCCGCCACUGGUCACCCCCUCUCCGCCCCUUUUCUCCAGCCCCCUCCCCUUCCUUCCCUUUCACUCCUCUGCUCUGUCGCCCUGACCUGCUUCAGUCCGCCGGGGCUCGGCCCCGGCCCGCCGCUCUCGGCUAUCGGUGCUUCCAGCCUGUGGUUCGACCUGGCCCCUCUGGCGGCAGCUGUCCGGGCCACACGGGGACUGGGACACUUCCCUGGUGCGCUCGGCCGGCUACGGGGCGGAUUCUGGACGUUAGUCCUUCUGUCUGUCGGGAGGAAAUUUCCAGAUCUACGACCCCGCAAUGGGGCGAACCUGGCUGCGGCUGCUGCUCUUUCUCUCCGCACUCUGGGGUGGAGCUAUCACUGAGCAGAGGGAAGAAACCAAGCCCUACCUGGCAGUCCCAGAACCUCUCCCAGGGAGUCUGCAAGCUGACCACGCAUCAUAUUCCUUUCCUCACACCAGUGGGUACCAGUCAGCCUUGACGUUUUUCGCAGCCCAGCCUGGAAGACCACGUACAGGAAACGUAGACGUUCCCAGGAUGACCACUGCCAGGUCAAAGUUUCAUCUGCCUCUUGCGUUUAAUCACACAGUUGGACAUAUAAUACUUUCUGAACAUAAAAAUGUCAAAUUUAAUUGUUCAAUUAACAUACCUAAUAUAUACCAGGACACUGCAGUUAUUUCUUGGUGGAAAGAUGGGAAGGAAUUGCUUGGGGCACAUCAUUCAAUUACUCAGUUUUAUCCAGAUGAUGAAGUCACAGCAAUCAUUGCUUCCUUCAGCAUAACUAGUGUGCAGCGUUCAGACAAUGGAUCCUAUAUCUGUAAGAUGAAAAUAAACAAUGAAGAAAUUGUGUCCGAUCCCAUCUACAUCGAGGUGCAAGGGCUUCCUCACUUUAUGAGGCAGCCGGAGAGCAUGAAUGUCACCAGAAACACAGCCUUCAACCUCACCUGUCAGGCUGUGGGCCCGCCUGAGCCAGUCAACAUUUUCUGGGUUCAAAAUAGCAGCCGUGUUAACGACCGGCCUGAAAAAUCCCCCUCUGUUCUAACUGUUCCGGGUCUGACCGAGACUGCGAUCUUCAGCUGUGAGGCUCACAAUGAUAAAGGGCUGACCGUGUCCAAGGGUGUGCAGAUCAACAUCAAAGUAAUCCCCUCCCCACCGACUGCAGUCCAUGUCCAUAACAGUACUGCACACAGCAUCCUGAUCUCCUGGGUCCCAGGUUUUGAUGGAUACUCUCCCUUCCAGAACUGCAGCAUUCAGGUCAAGGAAGUUGAUCUGCUGAGUAAUAGCUCACUCAUGAUUUUUAACACUGCUGCUUCACCACAUCUGUAUCAAAUCGAGCAGCUGCAAGCCCUGGCUAAUUACAGCAUUGGCGUUUCCUGCAUGAAUGAAGUAGGCUGGUCAGCAGUGAGCCCUUGGGUUCUGGCCAGCACAACUGAAGGAGCACCAUCAGUAGCACCUUUGAACGUCACAGUGUUUCUGAAUGCAUCUAAUAAUAAAGUGGAAGUCCGAUGGAUCAAACCUCCAAUUAGGCGGCAGAAUGGAAAACUGGUAGGCUACCAGAUAUCCCACACAUGGCAGAAUGCAGAAGCUUCUAAAGAGCUCUCUGAAGAAGUUGGCCAGGAUGGCAGCUGUGCUCAGAUUCCUGUUCAAGUCCAUAACGCCACGUGCACAGUGAGGAUUGCAGCUAUCACCGAAGGGGGCAUUGGGCCUUUCAGUGACCCAGUGAAAAUAUUCAUCCCUGCACACGCUUGGGUAGAUUUUGCCCCCUCGUCAACCCCAGCGCCUGGCAACCCAGAUCCUGUGCUCAUAAUCCUUGGCUGCAUCUGUGGAUUCGUUUUGAUUGGGUUGAUCUUCUAUAUCUCUCUGGCCAUCAGAAAAAGAGCCCAGGAAACAAGAUUUGGGAACGCAUUCACAGAGGAGGAUUCUGAAUUAGUCGUGAAUUAUAUCGCAAAGAAGUCCUUCUGUCGGCAAGCCAUAGAGCUCACUUUGCAUAGCUUGGGCAUCAGCGAGGAGCUACAAAAUAAGCUGGAAGAUGUUGUCAUUGACAGAAAUCUUUUAAUUCUUGGAAAAAUUCUGGGUGAAGGAGAGUUUGGGUCUGUCAUGGAAGGAACUCUUAAUCAGCCAAAUGGGACCUCUCAGAAAGUAGCAGUGAAGACCAUGAAGUUGGACAACUUUUCGCAGCGAGAGAUUGAGGAGUUUCUCAGUGAGGCAGCAUGCAUGAAAGACUUCAGCCACCCAAACGUCAUCAGACUUCUAGGUGUAUGUAUAGAAAUGGGUACUCAUGGCAUCCCAAAGCCAAUGGUUAUUUUGCCCUACAUGAAAUAUGGGGACCUACACACCUACUUACUUUAUUCCCGACUGGAUACAGGAUCAAAGCACAUUCCUCUGCAGACGCUGUUGACAUUCAUGGUGGAUAUUGCCCUGGGAAUGGAGUAUCUGAGCAACAGAAAUUUUCUUCAUCGAGACUUAGCUGCUCGGAACUGCAUGUUGCGAGAUGACAUGACUGUCUGUGUCGCGGACUUUGGUCUCUCCAAGAAGAUCUACAGUGGUGACUACUACCGCCAAGGCCGUAUCGCCAAGAUGCCUGUGAAAUGGAUUGCCAUAGAGAGUCUUGCAGAUCGAGUCUACACAAGUAAAAGUGACGUGUGGGCAUUUGGCGUGACCAUGUGGGAAAUAGUGACACGGGGAAUGACUCCUUAUCCAGGAGUUCAGAACCAUGAAAUGUAUGACUAUCUUCUCCAUGGCCAUCGGCUGAAGCAGCCAGAGGACUGCCUGGAUGAACUGUACGAAAUAAUGUACUCUUGCUGGAGAGCGGACCCCUUGGACCGCCCUACCUUUUCAGUGUUGAGACUGCAGCUGGAGAAAUUCUUAGAAAGUUUGCCUCAUGUUCAGGACAAAGCAGAUGUCUUUUAUAUCAACACACAGUCGCUGGGCAGCUGUGAGGGCAUGGCAGAGGGCCCUGCCUUUGCUCAGCUGGACAUGAACAUCGAUCCUGACUCUAUAAUUGCUUCUUGCACUCCCAGCUGUGCAGUAAACGUGGUCACAGCGGAAGUUCAUGAGAACACAUCUCACGAAGGAAGGUACAUCCUGAAUGGGGGGAGUGAGGAAUGGGAAGAUCUGGCUUCUGCCACCCCCGCGAUGGUGACAUCUGGAAAGGAUGAUGUUUUACCAGAAGACAGACUUGUGAGGAACAGAGUCACCUGGUCCCAUUCUAGCACUCUGCUCACGGGGAACGCAUCACCAGAUGAACUUUUGUUUGCUGAUACCUCUUCAGAGGAUUCGGAAGUCCUAAUGUGAGGAGAGCUGAGAGAAGACAUUCCAGAACUGAGUAAAUCCUUCUGCUUUAGGAGAAUCCACUUAAACUUGAUAUUUUUGUAUUUGUGUUCCUUACUGAAUAAACCCCGCAGACCCAAAGCACCAGAUGAAUGUUGUCAAGUAAGUCAUCAUUAGAAAUAUAUAAUAUAUAUUUAUUAAAAUAUACAUAUAUAUAUAAUUUGUGUGUAUAUGGUAGGAAGAGAUGAAUUUUAUAUUUUAACAAAAGGUGACUUAUUUAAUUUCUCUUAUCUUGCAGAUCUUAAAAUUUAAACUUUUACAGACUCAUCUCUAUAGCUGUUCCAUGGUGUUAACAUUUGUACAGAGUCAAAAUUGUUUUUAAAGUUAUUUUCUUUUUUAUGACUAUUAAAUAUAAAAACAUUUGUAAAAUGAAGUGCCAUAUUUGAUUUUGCUUCUGGUCUUUUUGAAAAAUCUGAUAUUGCUAUAUUAUCUAUUUUACAAUAAUAAUUCAUUAUUCAAUAUUUAAGGUUUUAUAACUGAUUGAUUAUUUGAUAUAACUCCCUAAUAAAAUAUGAAUGAGGAAGGAUAUGUUACACAGACAGUGGUCACUGGCCUCGGUGCAUUUGCAAAAGAAUUUCAUUAAUGCUUGGCCUUCAAUGCAAUUGCUUUGAACAUUCUUGGCAUUGUCUUUUAGCAAAAUCACUCCAAAGAGUCCAAAGAUGCAUAAGAAAAAAUAUUAAAAGAUUGAAAAUUUUAAAAUAAAUUGGAGAAGAACGUCUGAUGUGUGACGUGCUUUUCUGUUUGGGAAGAUAACUCAUGGAAGGUAGGCGUGGGCAAGGGCACAGGCUACAGACCUUGGUAUGCCUGAGUUCAGGUCCUUGUUCCGCCAUUUAUUAAUAGCCAUCUGUGAGGUGACAUAUUACCUUGCAGAAAGCAAUUUGGCUUUUUGUUCUCAGUUCUUUCUAGCCAUACCAACACCUGAGGCUAAUGAAUUAGGGCUGAACAGACUGAGGGGUACUUCCUGGGGGCCCAAUGCUGACUAAGCCUCACGAGGCAUAAUGUAAUCUAUCAUGGCAACUUGGGGAGGCCAAUAAGAGUUCCUGGUUGGUGACCAUGCAUGGGAGAAGGUAACGCAUUCCUCCUUGAGACAUAGAAGCUCCACACUGGGAUCCCUCUCAGACCUCACUCCCUGUGUCUCUUGUAUCCUUUUUGGUUGCAGUCAUAAGUAUAGUGUACUCUCUGUGAAUUCUGUGAGUCAUUUCAGCGAAUUAACAAACUCACAGGGGCAGUGAGAGCCAGCAGGGGCUGGCAUCUGCCUGUUUGGCAGUCUGAAAGAAGGUGUCCUUCUAACAUGUGCGCUCUGACCCAUCUCCAGGUGGCUAGUUUCAGGAAAAUGCUGUAUGGGCAGCUGGUCUGAAAGAUGUAUUAGUCUAGCUUGUGAGCUCUGACCCAGCUCUGGGUGGCUGGGGCUGAAAAGAGUGCUGUGCGAGUGGCUAGCAAUGAGCGUGGAGAAGUGGGAAGGUGAGCACUGGACCCAUUUCUACACUUUGCAGAUUGUAUUAAUGCUAAUCCUUACCACACAGUUGGCAAUGAAGGUGGGAGUUGCCCGCUGUACCUCUUGUUUAGUUCACCAUCGUGUGUUGAAUACUUGUUGUGUUUCAAGAAUUUUAUGUGAACUACCCUAUUUAAUCCUUACAUCACUUACCAGUGCCAUCAUCAUAUUAUAGGCCAAGAAACCAGAGCUUGGAGAGGUUAAGUAAGCUGCUUGUGGCUCACAGCUAGAGAGUAGUAAAGCCAGAAUUCAGACUCAAGCAAUUUGAUUCUGGCUAUUUCUGAGCAUGUGAUUUGGGGGAUCUACACCAGAGACCCUCGACCUUUUUUUUUAUUUAAUAAACACAUAUAGCAGUUACUAUGUGCCAGACGUGGCACUCAUUUAAUCCUCAGGUAGGUACUAUUCUUAUCUCCAUUUCACAGAUGAGUAGACUGAGGCAGGAAGAGGCUAACUUACCCAGAGCCACUCUGAUAGUCAGGACAGUAGACUGAUGCAGUAUGGGGCUCCCCAUCCGUUGAAGUGUUGAUCCCUCGGCCCUCAGGGCACUGACAUCCUUGGGCCUGUUGUUCCUACCCGUGAGCAGCACCCCUGGGUUCCUCAGCAGAGCUGAGCCUCUCUUGGCCUGUGAGGAGCAACAUCCAUGUGGGGUCCACAGGUGGGCCUGCACAACCCAGUCCUGAUCUUUGGCUGCCAGCUCUGGCACCCCAGUUGCCAAGGUGUGCUGGCUUCACCAUUACUGUGGUUGUUAAGGUUGUGUGUCAACUUGACUGUGCCAUGAUUCUCAGUGGUUUGGCUGUUAUGAUGUAGUUUGGCAGUUGUAUAAUGAUGUGAUCACCUCCAUAAUGAGAAUCUGCUGUGAUUAGCCAGUCAGUGGAAAGGGAAUUUCAUUGGGGGUGUGGCCUGCAUCCAAUAUAAGCGGACAUUCUGGUUAAUCUCAUGGGCUUUUGCUCCCUCUGGAUCCUGCAGCUGGCACCUGUUCAUCUGACCUCUGGUUCUUGGGACAUGAGCUAGCCGCUUACCUGCUAUCUUGCCUGCUGAUCUUGGGAUUCAUCAGUCUUUGCAGCCUGUGAGCCAGAACCCUGCUGUCUGACUUGCUGAUCUUGGGUUUGCCAGGCCCUGCAGCUACGUGAAUCAGGAGAAGCCUCCAGCCUGACCAACGUUCCAGCCUCUAUCACCGCAUGAGCCAUUUCCUUGAUAUAAAUCUCUCUCUAUAUAUUUAUGCGCUUUACUAGUUUUGCUUCUCUAGAGAACCCAGCCUAAGACAAUUACCAUGCAAUGUUUCAUAUGAAGAAAUUCUGAGGGUUUGAAAAGAAUCUGCAUUGUUACAAAAAAUGCCAGUAUUACGUUUUGUCAAUGAAAGAGGAAAAAGAAAAGGCUGUUAGAUUCUGUAAAAAUUAUUUCCUCU